AUGGACAACAUCGCAGACAAAUGGGUUGGCUACCUCCGAAACCGAGAUCGCCAGGAUAAGGGAGGAGGUCCGAACAGUUUCUCAUGCCCCGAAUGCAACCUCGAGGUUGGGAAUAGCCUCGAAUCCUGGCAAAAUCACGUCGCGUCGGACCCCGAGCACCAACAGCGGUGGCCUACGGAGCAGGAGGUGUCCAACAACAUCGCGCCUGAUGACACGCGCGAGGCUAAGCGCCGGUCCCCGCCACCGGCCAAUCCUCAGCCGCCAUCAAGCCCCCCCAACAAUCGAAGUCGAGCCCGAAACGACCCUCGCAUCGAUCAGGGAAGGCCUCACAAGAAUACAUCUGGGCGGCAACUCUGGAACUCGGAGGAUGGCAUACCUCCCAAGACCCCUCAAAGUCAGGGGGGUCGAGCUGUGCCCCUCGCCUCACAAAGGCAACAAACUUCGAACCAGAGCAACCCCAUCACGGCGCCUCAGAGUUCGCCCCAGCCUGGGCAAGAUGAAGACAAUACUUCAGUCAUGAUACCUCAACCAGAGACCAGGCCUAUCUCUCAAGAUCAACUAGUUGCCGAAGUAAAAGGCAUAUAUGCCGGUCUCGUCAUGGUUGAAACAAAAUGCAUUGAAGUUGACAAUGCUCAAUCCUCUAAUGCUGAGUCAAAUCCUAAGCUCAACAACGACCAAUGGCAAGCCUUGAUUGCUCUGCACAGAACACUGUUGCAUGAGCAUCAUGACUUCUUCCUCGCCAGUCAACAUCCUUCCGCCAGUCCUGCAUUGCGACGACUGGCAUCCAAAUACGCUAUGCCUGCGCGCAUGUGGCGCCACGGCAUCCAUUCGUUCCUUGAACUUUUGAGACACAGGCUGCCUGCGUCUUUGGAACAUAUGCUUACGUUCUUAUAUCUGGCAUAUAGCAUUGUCGCUCUUUUGUACGAGACUGUGCCCGCCUUUGAGGAUACUUGGAUUGAGUGCUUGGGAGAUUUGGGUCGAUACAGAAUGGCCAUCGAGGACGACUGCAUCCGGGACCGCGAGACGUGGACUGGCGUGAGUCGCCAUUGGUAUAGCAAGGCUUCUGAUAAGUCCCCUACCACUGGUCGCCUCUAUCACCAUCUCGCUAUUCUCGCCCGGCCCAAUGCCCUGCAGCAACUCUCGUACUAUACUAAGUCGCUCUGUGUCCUGAUCCCCUUUCCGAGCGCCCGGGAGAGCAUCAUGACCUUGUUUGACCCAGUAUUGAGCAAGAGCCCGAACCGCCUGGCGCCAAUUGAUGCAGCAUUUGUGAGGGCUCAUGGCAUUCUCUUUUCUGGAAAGUCCAGGGAGAGGCUUCAAGAAUCGAUGGACGAAUUCAUUGAGCAGCUCGACAGCUAUAUUGGACGUGUUACAAAGAGGUGGCUGGACGCAGGAUAUUAUAUUGGCAUUUCCACCGGUUGCUCUCUUCUGGGCUAUGGCACUGAAUCGAAUGUGCUCAUGCGGGCCAUGUCACAGAAGCCUGAAGAGACAGAUGUUGCUAUGGACGGAAGCACAAUCGCAGAGGCCAGUCCGGAUGAGACCUUCAAGCAGGCCCUUAGCUUUGCAAUACGCAUCACCGAGACGGUAAUGAGGCGAUGGGGAGACACCAACACGCUGCCAUUCCUUCACACCAUGCUGGUAUUCAUGAACCACAUGACGCGAUUCCCAGGGGCCAUUUCUCACAUUGAAGGGGUUUUCCCAUGGAAGCUAACAUCUCUGAUGCUCAACUCCCUCCUGGUAUCAUGCGAGGCUGGCUAUGAAGUACACUCCGAUUUCCGACGUCCUGAGAGAGAGUUGCCCCGGCCUCUCCCCGAGGACUUUGCCAUGCGCGGAUUGAUCUAUUCAGAGGAUUACUUCCCUAGCGAUUGGUUCAAGAACGACAAAAUUGAUGAGGAUGAGAAAUAUUUUGAGCUGGGGUCCAUGGUAGAAGAGAGAAAGGAUCGCAUUCUCUCUCUGGGCUGCAAGAUGGCCACCUCAGGAUCCUGGCUUAUCUGGAACCCAGACACCCGUCAAUUCACCGUCCCGGCCAAGUAUGAUGUGGAACUGGAGGAUGUCCCAGCCUGAAUUCUCACCGACAGCCUGGCAGAAAGAAAGAUCAGCUUCUCGCUGAGUCU